UAGACUAUGGCAACCAAACACGCCCCAAACGUGUUCCAUCGGUGGGAAGGUAGCUGACUCACUGAAGACGUGGUCAGUCUUCACUGCCGCUCCGAAGCCUGAACCCUCUCUUCCCCGGCGGCGCGCGGCACCCUCCCGGCGAGGCGAGUCGCCGGAGCCCGCUCCCCCUCCUCCUCCCCCGGCUCCGUCUGGAUGGCUCCCCAGGUUGUUUAGACCGGCGGCCUGCGGCGGCGGCGGGGCGAGGCUGAGCGCCGGAUCCAGCAUGGAGAGAGCGGGGCUCCUCGCGCCGUUCCCCCCGAGGGCGCGGGCCACGGCCAGGGUCUGCAUGGUCUCGAGCUUCGCCACGGAGUUGCUCGAGAUAAGAUCCAGGGAGCCGUCCCCGUCGCUUCACGUUCUGGUCGUCCCUGGCAAUCCAGGUAUUGUUGGAUUCUACAAGGACUUUGUCGAAGCCCUCUACGAAAACCUCGGCGGGCAGGCAUCUGUUACGGCGAUAGGGCACAUUUCACAUGGGCAGAAGGAUUACGAGCACGGACGAUUGUUUUCAUUACACGAACAGAUUGAGCACAAGAUUGAUUUUCUUGAGCAAGAGCUUCUACAUACCGAGCAGUCCAUAAUUGUGGUGGGUCAUUCUAUUGGCGCGUACAUAGGUCUGGAAAUAUGCAAAAGGUUCCAGAAGAAGGUAAAAAUUUUUUUAGGGCUUUAUCCAUUUUUGACAUUGAACAAGAAUGCUAUGAAGCAAUCAGCAAUUGGAUAUGUUGCAAGGUCAUCUCUCCUUAGUAAAGGCGUUAGUUUGUUAGCGUCUUUCAUCGGCUCACUCCAGGCUUCAGUUACGAGGAGCAUUGUGAAAAGGUUCCUUGGAUCUUCUUGGUCUGCAACAGCCAUUGAUGCUGGAUGUAGCCAUCUCUUGCAGUACCAUACGAUGCGCAAUGUGCUUUUCAUGGCAAAGACAGAGUUCCAAAAGCUUAAUGAAGAGCCGGACUGGAAUUUCAUCAGAGCAAAACAGGCUCAAAUUGCUUUUCUGUUCGGUGUGGAUGAUCACUGGGGUCCACUGACUCACUUGGAAGAGAUCUCAAAGCAUGCUCCGAGGGUUGCCUUGUCGAUCGAGAAAGAAGGUCACACACACGGCUACUGCUGCACAGAGGCUGGAUCUUUCUGGGUUGCUGACUACGCCGCGAACUUGAUUAAAAACCAAAUGCUCGUCGGAGAUAGCUGAUGGCACAUAAUUAUCUUCGUUGGAUGAAGUAAUAUAGGAGUGUGAUGCUGGAUUUUGAAUACUAGUGCUUAUUUUGCAUAUGCUAAUCCAGGAUGACAGAUCUCAAAAGUCACAUGCUGAAUACUGCUAUCUAACUUGGCCUUCAUGCAAUAUGUUUUCGUCCUCCUUUCCAUGAUGAACCUGACAAGCAACAACUGCGUCAUUAUUCUUACUGCAUAAAUCAUAUGUGUGUUGAUUGACUA